AUGGGAGAAGAAGGUGGAGUUAGUUUUCGAGUGCCACAAUUACUCGGAAAGCAAGAAGGUGAAGUUAGUGCUAUAGAAUUCUCCGACUAUGCCAUAAUAUGGUGGGAUCAACUCGUUGAGUCAAGACGCAAUGGAGAACGUCCCGUGUCUACAUGGGCGAAAAUGAAGGCGAUUAUGAGAAAGCGAUUUAUUCCUGCCUAUUACCACCGGGAAUUGUAUCAAAAGCUUCAAAGUUUAACUCAAGGCCAACGAAGCGUGGAGGAUUACUACAAGGAAAUGGAAGUGGCCAUGAUUCGCGCCGAUGUGGAAGAAGAUCGAGAAGCCACCAUGGCUCGAUUUCUCACCGGCCUUAAUCGUGAAAUCGCAAAUAUUGUGGAGCUACACCACUAUGUUGAAGUCAUUGAUAUGGUCCAUAUGGCCAUAAAGGUUGAAAAACAAUUAAAAAGAAAAGGUACGUCCCGUUCUUUCCCUAACACUUCUUCGAUGACUAGGUGGGGGCAAGGGACCAACGAACGAGAUAUGCCAAGUCGGAAUAAAGAAGUAAGUGGUGCCACCAAGUUCAACAAAUCGAUUGCCGAAUCGAGUAAAGGAAAGAUGGAUGCUCAACCAAAUAGAUCCCGAGACAUAAAAUGCUUCAAAUGUCUUGGAAGGGGCCACAUCGCAAGCCAAUGUCCGAACCGGAAUGCGAUGUUUGUUCGAGAUGAUGGUGAAAUUGAAUCCGAAAGUGAACAAGAGAACGAGGCUGUUGAACAAGUCAAAGAAGAGGAAGACAUCGAACAAGCCGAGAAUGGAGAAAUCUUGGUUGUGAAAAGAAGCCUUACUUUGCAAGGUGUCGAAAAUGAUCAACAACGCGAAAACAUCUUCCAUACGCGAUGUCAAGUGCAAGGUAAGAUUUGUUGCGUGAUAAUCGAUGGGGGAAGUUGUACAAAUGUGGCUAGUACGUUGAUGGUGGAGAAACUCGGAUUGGCCACCACCAAACAUCCCCAUCCGUAUAAACUCCAAUGGCUUAACGAUGGUGGAGAAUUGAAGGUAACAAAGCAAGUCCUUAUCUCGUUCACAAUUGGAAAAUAUCAAGAUGAAGUAUUGUGUGACGUUGUGCCGAUGUAUGCGGGGCAUCUUCUUUUGGGACGCCCGUGGCAAUUCGACAAGCGAGCAAUCCAUGAUGGAUACACCAAUCGGAAUUUCAAGACGUAUUCCCGGAAGAAAUCCCGAGUGGGUUACCACCUAUUCGUGGAAUUGAACACCAAAUCAAUCUUGUCGGAGCCGCAAUUCCAAAUCGACACCAUCUUGGAGCAAUCUCAAGAGACGAAAGAAUUACAAAAGCAAGUAAAUGAGCUCCUUGAAAAGGGCUAUGUGCGUGAAAGCCUUAGUCCAUGCGCCGUGCCUGUUUUACUAGUUCCGAAGAAGGAUGGAACGUGGAGGAUGUGCGUGGACUGCCGUGCUAUAAACAAAAUAACUAUCAAGUAUCGUCAUCCUAUACCACGAUUGAAUGAUAUGCUUGACGAGCUAAGUGGCGCGAGUUUAUUUUCAAAAAUUGACCUUAAGAGCGGUUAUCACCAAAUACGGAUGCGUGAGGGAGAUGAGUGGAAGACUGCGUUUAAAACGAAGCAUGGGCUUUACGAAUGGCUCGUUAUGCCAUUUGGCUUAACGAACGCCCCAAGCACAUUCAUGAGGCUUAUGAAUCACGUUUUAAGACCUUUUAUUGGUUUUGUUGUUAGCUCGGAGGGUCUUGAAGUCGAUCAAGAGAAGAUCAAAGCGAUCCAAGAAUGGCCCCAUCCGACGAAUGUCUCCCAAGUUCGAAGUUUCCAUGGACUAGCAAGUUUUUACUGUCGAUUCGUGCCAAAUUUCAGCACCUUAGCCGCACCUUUAACCGGGGUUAUUCAUUAUGUGCAAAGGGAGCCUACGAGAAGUACUAUCGACAUGAUGGGUACUUAUUCCGAGAAGGAAAGCUUUGUAUACCCCAAGGUUCCGUACGAGAAGUGUUGA